AACGAGUCUCGGUUGCUUUUAUUGAUCAUGACCCCUGGGCUUCUGCAACGACGGACCUCCGACGAUCUCACAGGGUUCGUAGAGGAUAGAAUAGGCAGAUUGAAGUGUUUAGGUAGUUUCAGUUUACCGCGCGCAUCUGGUAUUCAGGACUUGGUCAGGUCGAUUGGCUCUCAGGGUCUCCAGGAACGUUGGCGUGUCGAAUGCUAUUUGUAGCAUUGAAUCUAUAUUCGCAUCGAUUAGGAAACAAGUAUCCUAUAUCGAGUGCUGGUAUUUCGACUAUAAGAGAUGCACACUUUCCGCCAGUAUGACCCAUUGUUUUGUCUAUCUUCAUCAUCAAGAAUCAUAUCACAUCUCCCUAUACGACGACUUUUUCUUGUCAAAUAUAGAUUGCGCCUCCCCCAUAUACAUAUAUCAUUGUUUGCAAUAUAACUCUCCAAUCUGUUAGUUACGAUGGCUUAUGAUGAAGAAAGAAGAAAAAACCCACUUAAAGAAUGGAUCCCGAUAUUUCUCAUAGUUCCGAUAGUGACAUUAUAUUCUAUUAUUAUAACUGGAUGUCUAUCUGACUCUCCCGGAUUGCAUAAUGUGUAUGUUUUGAAUCUUGUGGACGUCUCUGGCCUUGAAGUAAGAGUUGGGUAUUUCGGGAUUUGUGUCGAAUCGUCUACAAAGAGAAUUUGCGGUUCAGCAUCUAACAUCCAGACCGACUUUCCGACUCUACAACAGAACGAGGCACUAGACCCCGAUAAUUCUGGUUUUCCCAAGCCAGCUACGUCAGAUAUCCUGGACAUAGCGACAACCUUCCAACGACGGAUACAAUUGCCAAUAAUAACAGUUGCUGGGGUUAUAUUCGUCAUAUCUAUUGCCAUACAACUUGCCCUGACGUGGCGCGAUAAAAGUGAAUCACCCAACCGCACCCAGCACUUAUUCUAUCUAUACAGAACUUUCAUUAUCUUAACAGUGUUGUCGAUUGUUUUUAUCGUUAUGGCUUCAUUUACUACAGUGUCCAUGGUAAAUGCUAUUAAGUAUUUCCGCGGCAUUGAUUGUGGACAAGGAACAUUCCAAAUUGGCGUUGGGAAAAUCUUACUCGGAUUGCAGCUGGCUACAAUGAGUAUCCAGGCGAUACACGCUACAUUUUUCAUUGUGAAGGUUUUGGAAAGUCAUGGAAACUGGUACUAGGUCUCUCCGAAUGACCUACGAUUAAGCCCCUGACUGUGCUUGCAUCAUAAAUCCCUAUAUGCAGCAACAGCGGAUGGAGUUGGAAGGGUGGCACAAUUCGUGAUGACUUGUUUCUGUUUAUUGUUUUUUUGAGAUCUCUCAUUUUAUUAUGCGCCUGACCAUUUUCCGCUCGUUUACCUGUUUCUGAUUCUGUCGCUUCUUUUUAUCUGUUUUUAUGUUUCCGCAUAUGUCGAAUAUACAGUGUUCAUUGCGAACGUUAGGC